AUGUAUCCGAGCCGAACGUUUGCUGCUCAAGCCAGAUCCGUCUUUCGUAUGAGUAACAGUGCCCUUCGACUGUCUGCUCUCCUGUCGCAGCUGUCUCCCUCAUCGUCCUCUGUUGCGUCUUCCGCUGGAUAUCACCAGAUCCGCAGAAUGUCUGUUCCGUCCACGCAGAAGGCCGUCGUGAUCGAAACCACCGGCGGCCCUGAGGUCCUCCAGUUCAAGACUGACUACCCCGUCCCUACCCCGCAGGAGGGCCAAUUGCUGGUGAAGAACAACAUCACCGGCGUCAACUUCAUUGACACCUAUUUCCGCACCGGUCUCUAUCCAGCUCCCAAGCCCGAAGUGCUGGGCCGUGAAGCUGCCGGUGUUGUGGUUGCCGUCGGCCCUGGUGCCAACCCCUACAACUUCAAGGUCGGCGACCGAGUCCUCUGGCUGAACACUACCGGAUACGCUGAGUAUUCAGCCGUUCCUGCGGCCAAGACGGUGAAGAUUCCCGAUGGCAUCUCCGACGAGGAAGCCGUGGCCGCCUUCCUCAGUGGUCUGACGGUCCUCACUCUGGUCAAGGAGACCUACCCCGUCCAGAAGGGCGAGUGGGUGCUCCUGCACGCUGCCGCAGGUGGUGCCGGCUUCCUCAUGACGCAGGUUCUCAAGUUGAUCGGGGCCAAGGUGAUUGGAACAGCCGGAGGUCCCGAGAAGGUCGCCCUGGUCAAGAGCCUGGGCGCUGACCACGUCAUUGACUACCGCAGCGGGGAAGGCAAGGACUGGGUCAAGAAAGUCAAGGAGGUCACCAACGGUGAAGGCGUGUCGGUGGUCUAUGACUCGGUUGGAAAGGAUACCUGGGAGGGCAGUUUGGAAGCCGUCAAGAGAAAAGGAACGAUUGUCUGGUUUGGAAACGCCAGUGGCCCUGUUCCCCCUCUUCCACUUCAACGUCUCUCUCCCAAGUGUGUCAAGAUCGCCCGUCCCAUGCUGUUCGGAUACAUUGAGACGAGAGAGGAGUUUGAGAGCUAUGUUAAGGAGCUCUUCAACCUUCUCCAGUCCGGCCAGUUGAAGGUCCGGAUUCACAAGGUGUACCCGCUGGAGGAUGUCCAGCAGGCACACAAGGACCUCGAGGGCCGCAAGACGACCGGCAAGCUGCUUCUCAAGCCAUAA